AUGUCGACCCAGCUUUUUGCCAAGACCUCGACUGAGAUCAAUUUGUUCCAGGGGUACCCGUCGUUCGACGAGCUGACGCGCGACGAGGCCGAAACAAUCCAGGUAUCUCUGCUGUCGCCAUGCGGAAGAUUCAUGGCGCUGGCCACCGCAGACGCGGUGCAGAUUUUCACAGGGAUGGAGUUCUCCAACAGACUGCUGCGCGUGGCGCUGAAGGACGUCUACGACAUGCAGUUCUCGCCCUCUGGCAAUUUUCUAAGCACCUGGGAGAGACCCUCGAUCGCGGAGCCGGACCAUAAAAACGUCAAGAUCUGGGACCUGAACGUCGAGACGCCCCCAGAAGUCCCACGGUACGCAUACCAGGCCAAGGUGCAGAGCGGCUGGGUGCUGCAGUUUAGCAAGCUCGACAACUUCGCGCUCAAGCAGUUCGGCAAAGAGAUCAGGAUCGUGAAGCUGGACGGCGAGGAAUCCACUUUCAACUUCGACAAGCCCUACAGCAAGCUUGUCCCUGAGCAGCCGAUUUCCAGCUUCCUCAUCUCCCCAGCGGAGUUCCCAACUAUUUGCACGUUUUCCCCCGAGAAGUCCGGCAAGCCCGCCGUGCUAAGCAUCUACGCCAUCGCAGAAGGCGUCACAGACAAGAAGAUUGCGUCGAAGACUUUCUUCAAGGCAGACUCCUGCCAGCUGAAGUGGAACCAGCAGGGCAAUGCCGUCCUGUGUGUCGCGAUCACAGACUUCGACUCAUCCAACAAGUCCUACUACGGAGAGAACACCCUGUAUCUGUUAUCCUUCCAAGGUGUUAACGGCGCGUUGGGCGGCAAGUCCGUCCGCGUACCGCUCUCCAAAGAAGGCCCUAUCCACGACUUCACAUGGUCACCUACCUCGAGGCAGUUUGGUGUUAUCUAUGGUUACAUGCCAGCCACGAUAACAUUCUUCGACCUCAGAGGCAACGUUGUGCAUUCGCUCCCAGAGCAGCCCAAGAACACCAUGCUGUUCUCUCCCUCUGGCAGGUACAUUUUGAUCGCAGGGUUUGGCAACUUGCAGGGAUCCGUGGAGGUCCUGGAUCGUCACGAUAAAUUCAACUGCAUUUCCAAGUUUGACGCGGCCAACACAUCCGUGUGCAAAUGGUCUCCUGGUGGCGAGUUUAUCCUGACCGCCACCACGUCUCCAAGAUUGAGAGUGGACAACGGUCUGAAGAUCUGGCAUGUCAGCGGCACUUUAUGCUUUGUAAAGGAGUACAAAGAGCUGUUGAAAAUCGACUGGAGACACAAGGUUUCUCAAAAUCUCGAAAAAAGUCAUGUCAUAGCCAAGAACGAAGAUCCUGCCAGCGACAAUUUCUCGGAUCCAAAGCUUGGCAAGAUAGAGGUAAAGAUCCAUCCUUCAGUGCUUGAGUACAACGCCAAGCGUCAGAAAAAUGGCUCUUCUGAUGGUGCCAAAGACAAACCCACUGGCGCUUACAGGCCACCACAUGCUAGGAGGGCCGGAGGUGCUGCAUCAGUUCCCGGCGCUGCAGUCAAGCCCAGCCAAAGAGUCAUUCCAGGCAUGGCGCCACCCCCAGGUGCUGUUCCAGGUGUCGCUAAGGAGUCCAAGGCUGCUGCCAAAAAUAAGAAAAAGAGAGAGAGCAAGAAGAAGGAGACCACACCUGAUGCGACCCAACCUGAUGCCGAUUCUCAGGCUGCGAACCAGCCUCGAGUUAACAAGGAAGCCUCGCCUGAAGAGAAGAAAAUACGUUCUCUACUCAAGAAGUUGAGAGCAAUUGAGUCGCUAAAGCAGAAACUCGCUGCAGGUGAAUCCUUGGAGGACACUCAGCUGUUAAAGAUUCAGACCGAGGACAAGGUCUGCAAAGAGCUGGAGUUUCUGGGCUGGAAAAAUGAAGAUGCACAGUGA